AUGUCUCAGAUGCUGAGACUUCUCUCGGGGGCUGUUUUGCCUCUUUGCCGGGCCGGAGGAGCCCGAGGUCGCACACUGGGUUCAGGAAGCCUCGCGGUUCGGGACUGUAGUUUUUUCAGUCAAAGUCAAGCUAAUUUCCUGUCUCGUCAAAGAACCUGGUUAGCUAAGCGAUGCGUCUAUUCCACCGAGCCAAAAGAUGGAAAAGAAGGAGCACCAGCAGGAGGCGGGGGAGGACGACCAGGAGGAGGAAAGAGAGGAGGUGGAGGGAAAGACUGGUGGAGUCGGAUGCAGAAGGGCGACUUCCCCUGGGAUGAGAAGGAUUUCCGCUACAUGAUGCUCACUGUUGCUGGAGUCAGCUCGGCGCUGCUCUACUUCUACUUCCGAGACACGGGCCGAGAGAUCAGCUGGAAGGACUUUGUGCACCGCUACCUGGGCAGAGGCCUGGUGGAGCGGUUGGAGGUGGUUAACAAACAGUUCGUCAGAGUCAUCCUGGUACCAGGAGCAGAUGCUGAGGGGAGUUAUGUGUGGUUCAACAUCGGCAGCGUUGAUACAUUUGAGAGGAAUCUUGAGGCUGCACACAUGGAACUGGGCCUGGAGCCGUCACACCGGGCCGCUGUCAUCUACAGCUCUGAGAGUGACGGCUCCUUUUUGAUGAGCAUGAUCCCUACUCUGUUGCUGAUUGGCUUUCUGCUGUUCACACUCCGCCGUGGACCAAUGGGAGGAGGCGUUGGUGGAGGAAGGAGUCCCUUUAGCAUGAGUGAGUCGACAGCCAAGAUGAUGAAGGACAACAUAGAUGUCAAGUUCAAGGAUGUGGCUGGCUGUGAGGAAGCAAAGCUGGAGAUCCUGGAGUUUGUGAACUUCCUGAAAAACCCACAGCAGUACCAGGACCUGGGAGCCAAGAUCCCCAAGGGUGCAGUUCUGUCUGGACCGCCUGGCACAGGAAAGACUCUGCUGGCCAAAGCCACAGCAGGAGAGGCCAAUGUCCCCUUCAUCACAGUCAAUGGCUCCGAGUUCCUGGAGAUGUUUGUCGGGGUUGGUCCAGCCAGGGUGAGGGACAUGUUUGCCAUGGCGAGAAAAAAUGCACCAUGCAUCCUUUUCAUUGAUGAGAUUGAUGCUGUGGGGAGAAAGAGAGGAGGAGGAAACUUUGGGGGACAGAGUGAACAGGAGAACACGUUAAACCAGCUGCUGGUGGAGAUGGACGGUUUUAACACAGCUACUAAUGUAGUGGUCCUCGCUGGAACCAAUAGGCCGGACAUCCUGGACCCCGCUCUGAUGAGACCAGGACGCUUUGACAGACAGAUUUUCAUCGGUCCUCCAGACAUCAAAGGCAGGGCUUCCAUCUUCAAAGUUCACCUGCGACCAAUCAAACUGGAUCCCAGUCUGGAUAAGGAUGCUCUAGCAAGGAAAAUGGCAGCUGCCACACCAGGAUUCACUGGUGCUGACAUUGCUAAUGUGUGCAAUGAAGCAGCAUUGAUAGCUGCCAGGCACCUGAGCCCCGCCGUCAACCCAAAGCACUUUGAGCAGGCGAUCGACCGUGUCAUCGGAGGCCUGGAGAAGAAGACUCAGGUCCUGCAGCCGACAGAGAAGAAGACGGUAGCAUAUCAUGAAGCCGGCCAUGCCAUCGUGGGCUGGUUUCUGCAGCACGCUGACCCGCUGCUCAAAGUGUCCAUCAUUCCAAGGGGGAAGGGUUUGGGUUACGCUCAGUACCUGCCCAGAGAGCAGUACCUCUACACCAAAGAGCAGCUGUUUGACAGGAUGUGCAUGAUGCUGGGAGGGCGAGUGGCAGAGCAGGUCUUCUUUGGACGGAUAACCACAGGCGCUCAGGAUGAUUUGAAGAAGGUCACACAGUCGGCCUAUGCGCAGGUGGUGCAGUUUGGGAUGAGUGACAAGGUGGGGCAGGUGUCAUUUGACCUGCCCCGGCAGGGUGAGAUGGUUCUAGAGAAGCCUUACAGCGAGGCGACAGCUGAGCUCAUUGAUGAGGAGGUCAGAGGACUUGUGGAUCGAGCGUAUGAGCGCACCCUGCAGCUGAUCACCGACAAGAAGGAGCAAGUGGACAAGGUGGGGAAGCGUUUGCUUGAGAAGGAAGUGCUAGACAAAGCAGACAUGGUGGAGCUGUUGGGUCCUCGGCCAUUCCAGGAGAAGUCAACCUACGAGGAGUUUGUGGAAGGGACGGGGAGCUUCGAGGAAGACACGAGCCUUCCAAAUGGCCUCAGGGACUGGAACCAGCAGAGAGGAGGGGAGGCGGAGGAGACAGACCCAACCCAGAACAGACAGCAGGCGGUGUAGGAUCUGAGGAAUCUGGAGAAACUCAUCCAGCUGGACAGAAAUACAUGAAGCCGCUGACUCUGUUCCUCUCUACCUGACUUGCUAUAUAUAUGUUGGUGCUCUAUCAGAGGGCUGUGGUGUAGCUAACAGUCAACUAUUUCUCUUCAGAGAGGAAUGAUCUUUACAGGGCCUUAAGAUUCCCCGCCUCUAGACGUAGUUACAUUUAACUACGUCUGGACAGAACAGAAUGAACAUAAUGCUUUCUUUAUUUAUUCUUUUACAAAAUGUCUGUCCUCCUGAUAAUGAGGAAGAAAUACUCGACUCGAGGAAUGUUUAUUUGGCCAAACAAGGCUAAAUGUUUUUAGAAAUGAAUCGGAUGUUUUUUCAUCGACCUGGAACAACUCGUCUUAACGUUCUGCUUCAAAACAACACAGCAAUUUUCAUUUGUAUUUUACCUCAGCUUGGAUUUACCAUAAAGAUAUUUUAAUUAUAUAAACUGUGCGAUAAUGACUGACGAGGAGGUUUUUCUUUUGUAGGCCACUGUUCUAAAAUAAAAAGAAUAAUAAAGGAUUUGGUUUUCUGAAA